GUAAAGCCAAAAUAUUUCUUUGCUAAGUGGAAUAAACCAGAGUACCAUUCAAAGCAUAAGAAAGAUUAGAAUUCCACUUAAGAGUGAAGAGUGAGGACUACAUGGCAAGACCUAAUGAAAAUAUAUCAAUAGAGUCGAGACAAAAACGUCCAAAGAGAGAGAAGAGUAAUUCAAAGAAAGAAAAUCCUACCUUCAUUUAUGCUACCUUGCGGAGUAGAGGCAACGGCAAGGAGCACAGAGAGCAAAAAAAUGGUGGAGUUGUAUUUGAUCUCAAACUGGCGGUUGAUAACCAGAUAGAGGAUUAAAGUUGCACUUGCACCACAUAAAAAAAGAGUACUCAUCAUCAAAACAGAUGACUGAGAAAGACGAACCCCUUACUCCAUUCAUACUUACUGACAGCUAAUUAACAUAGCAGAUUGUAAAAUUGUAAGAGUAAUAAUAAUUAAGAGUGAGACAGAGAAAGAUUAAGAUUGUAAUAUAAAAGAGAGUUGUGAAA